AUGGCCUCCCUGCUCCAGCAGGCCAUCCAUCUACCCGCUACCUCUUCAGGAGGAAGCUCUGAGGCGCAGGACUACCUCAUCUUCUUCAUCCCCGGAAAUCCCGGACCGGCUGCCUACUACCGGGAAUUCCUCUCCAGCCUCCACCGAGCACUCCGGGCUGGAUCAACCACCAAAAUCGCUACCUACGAGAUCCUGACCGUCAGUCUCGCCGGGGCAGGAGCCGGUGCCGACGACCCACCCUCUGUGUCAUCCAUGGCUGGUGAAAUCGACCACAUGGAGGCUGUCCUGCUUGAUCGCGUAUCCAAAUUGGCACCAGGCCGAGAAAAGAAGGCUCCGGUCAAGCUGAUCUUGAUCGGCCACUGUGCCGGUGCAUACAUUGCGCUGGAGCUGCUCAAGCGCUGGCGGCAGGACGCAUCGCACGAGGAAGGACAUGUCUUCGCCGUGGCGGGGUCGGUUUGUCUCUUCCCUUCCGUGCCGGUGAAGACAUUUGGUGGAACUGUGUCUCAAGCGGUUCUUACCAUGUUGUCCAACUCCGCGCUCUUUGUGCACCACUCCGUCAGGCUCCUUCUAUUCCUCGUCCCUCCGACAGUCAUCGAAACCUUGCUGCGCAGCACCACAGGUCUGUCCCAAGACGCUGCAAAGGUGACAAAUGAAAUGAUGGGGAGUCCCCGGGGUAUCUAUCAAGCCCUCACACUCUGGCGAAACCAGAUGGAGGAUCAAAAGAGCGGCCGCUGGGACGACAUCAUCUCCGACUCGGGCUGUGCCACGACUUCGCCCACGUACAUGCUUUUCAGUCAGAACAGCGGCGAGCCUGAAGUGGGCCGAAGCAAGGGAAGACUGGAUUUAGUUGCUGGGAUCAACAAGGCGCAGUUGCCCGACCGUUUCUUCACGACGCAAAAGGACAGCAAGACCGUAGCAGGAUUCGUGAAAGAGUAUGUCGAGGAGAUCGUGAAGCAGGACAAAAAAGCCUGA